AUGGCAGAAAUAGAUCUUAUUGAGAAGAGGUUGCGAUGCCUUUCUUUGGCUGACAUGCGUUCUCAUUCCAGCAAAACGGCGUCGCAGUUUGCGCUAGAGUUGUUUGAGGUAGCAGCCAGUAAGGAACGUGUUGGGUUACUCACGGACGCAGUCGAAUUUUAUCGAAUGGCUUACAAACUAGACGAUAAAGUGGACCUAAAAUACAGAAAAAAGAUCUUUGAGGAUCUCCCACCUCUUGAGAAACGGAAGGAUGGUAUACCAAAAGUGGAUCAUCGGUUCAAGAAGUUGGAUCUUAGCAAGAUUCGUGUUCGUAAGACACUUGCCAGUUACAAAAACUGUCAGUUUGAGCCACUUGAUGAAUCACUAAGCCCAGUCUUAGCGAUUUCCGUGUUACCCGAUGAGAUCCUCAUGAAAAUCAUGAAGAUUUUGCUACUCGGAGACUCUCCAUCUUGGUUCAACUUCUCAAUGAGUUGCAAAAAAUGCGCUUAUCUAGGAUUAUACGAUGGUACGAUCUGGCGACUUUUGGCGAGGAUCGUUUAUCCUCAUCAAGUAUACCAAAAGGGUAAUAACAGGGAUUAUAGAGUUUAUAUCAGGAAGCAGUGGGGACGAAAUUACUUGAAGAUGCUUAACGAAAGGCCGUUCAUCAAAUACCGGGGAGUUUACAUUAGUACGGUGAUUUUGCAGAAAGAAGGUGGAAGAGGGGAGCUUUCCAGCGCUUGGACUGCUCCGUUUAGAAUUAUUACCUACUACAGAUACCUUAGAUUUUACGAAGAUGGGAGAUGCCUAAAACUUCUCACUAUAUUGGAGCCGAAGAAAGUGAUCCCCCGUUUCAAGCAAAAUUGGCGAGGCUUGAUUAAAGCCGAUCAAGUUGAUGAGAAUACGAUUGGCAAAGAAUGGCAGAGAGUUUAUGAGGGAGCUUUCACCAUUAAUUUACAGGGGGACUUGGUGAUUGAGAGCGAUGGUGCGUAUCCUGACUGGACAUUCACUGACAAGCUGAAAAUUGUGAAUGGAGGCCGUUACUCAAGGCACCAUAAACUAAUGUGGCUCGAUAUGGGAUACAAGAAUAAGCACGGUGAACCAGGCUCGUUCAGCUUGGAAGGAGAGAAACCGUACGUAUUUAACAGAGACAAAUGA